CAAAACGCUAAAUCUGAACGCUAUAAAUAGCAUGUGUCGUUUGAGCCAGUAGAUAAUGUCAGUAGUCGUUGAGCUUUAUCAGCCACUACUGUAUCAAACCCUUUCGCUCUUGAAAUUGAGUUUUAAGGCACAACCUUAGAGAUGCCAUCCUGAUUUCAUAUUAAUUCACUCCAACUGUUAGCACGCAGGGAGCUCUUCCCAGCUGUUUGUCCUGGAGGAGCCCAGGGUGCCCUUUUGAUCAUUUCAGUCUCUCUCUGGUACAAUAGUUCUGAUUGGCUGAACGAGUAAGAAAAGGGAAAAUCUUUAAUUAAGCAGAUAAUCUCUUGUUGGGAUGAGAGGAGCUCCAUUUCAGAACCCCCUUGGCUCACACAUGAGACCCCCAGCCUCUGAAUUCUGGAUGUAGGUUAUAUAGAGCUCUUGCAGACCCAUCUGCUUUCCAAGGUGAAGAAAAGUCUGCCAGUCGUCUCUCUCAGGAUGUUCAUGCAUUUGGAGGUUUAUUAUUACGCUUUCAUCCUAAUGGCUCACAUGAAGUCUUGCUGCAGUUGGUCAGUGAAUAAUUUCCUGAUGACUGGCCCGAAGGCCUACUUGAUCUACUCCAGCAGUGUGGCUGCAGGAGCUCAAAGUGGGAUUGAAGAGUGCAAGUAUCAGUUUGCGUGGGACCGCUGGAACUGCCCGGAGAGGGCUCUUCAGCUCUCUGCCCACAGUGGACUCAGAAGCGCCAAUAGAGAGACAUCAUUUUUCCAUGCCAUCAGCUCUGCUGGAGUCAUGUAUACCCUCACCAGGAAUUGCAGCCUCGGUGACUUUGACAACUGUGGAUGUGAUGACACCAGGAACGGCCAACGAGGUGGUCAGGGAUGGCUAUGGGGAGGCUGCAGCGACAAUGUUGGAUUCGGAGAGGCCAUCUCCAAGCAGUUUGUGGAUGCACUGGAAACUGGACAGGAUGCACGAGCCGCCAUGAACCUGCACAACAACGAAGUUGGACGCAAGGCAGUGAAAGGAACCAUGCAGAGGACGUGCAAGUGCCAUGGAGUGUCUGGCAGCUGCACCACUCAGACCUGCUGGCUGCAGUUGCCUGAGUUUCGAGAGGUGGGCAACUACCUAAAGGAGAAAUAUCACAGAGCCGUGAAGGUGGACCUGUUGCGUGGUGCAGGCAACAGCGCGGCCAGCCGUGGUGCGAUCGCCGAGACGUUCAGUUCGAUCUCGCGCAAAGAGUUGGUGCACUUGGAGGAUUCCCCCGACUACUGCUUGGAGAACCGCACUCUGGGCUUGCCGGGAACAGAGGGCCGUGAGUGCUUGAGGAAGGGCAAGAAUCUGAGCAAAUGGGAGAAGCGUAGCUGCAAGCGGGUGUGUGGAGAGUGUGGUCUGGCUGUGGAGGAACGCAGGGCUGAGACUGUGUCCAGCUGCAACUGCAAAUUCCACUGGUGUUGCGCUGUAAAAUGCGAGCAGUGCCGCAAAACUGUCACAAAGUACUACUGUGUGAAGAGAACCAAACGGGUCAAGAACGAUAGUGCCAGCCGAAGGAAAAGCUAUCGGCUGAAAAAGAAGCACUAGAAAUGGUAUGAACUGUUUGUUACGGUGGUCCAGACAUUUUUGUCUCAGAACACACCCUGAACUUGAGAAUAAAGUGAGGUCAAAGGUCCAUCUGAAUGCUUUAAUGAACACCUACACUCUUAAAAUCAAAAAGGUACUUAAUUGGCAUCUAUGGUUCCAUGAAGAACCUUUAACAUCCAUGGAAACUUUCCAUUCCAUUUUAAAAAAUUAAUUUUUUUAAGAAUGUAGAUCUCCAUAGCUUUUACUUUGAAUG